UGCUGGGCAGAGGAGAGAGGAGCAAAUGCAUUGCGGAGGGAUAGAAGGAGGAGGAGGGCCUACAGCUAUUGUUCAUGUCCUCCCGUGAACAAAGGGCUCAUCUGGGUCCGUAUGUAAACCCACAGCAGGCUUCAGCCCACUGACAAGGCCUCAUGCGGGACAAAACAUAACCGACCGACUCCCGCUAUUUCGGCCUUAUUCCGUUUCGGUCUCUUGGUUUGAAGAGAUUCUUUCAUUGAUCCUAUUCAGAGGGACGUAUUGUGUUGAUACGUUGCGUCCAGCCAACCGCCGUCCAGCGGGCCUAUCGGUUUUUACGCACGGAGCGUACACACGGUCUAUCAUCACGGAUCUGUAAACAUCAAUUUUCUGAUUGGACUUCUUUGCAGGCUGUUCCUCCAAGUCAUUCAAGCUGUACUCCCCCAAGGAGCCCCCCAACGGUAGCACUUUCCCCCCUUUCCACCCCGGCACCAUGCUGGACAGAGACGUGGGUCCUACCCCAAUGUAUCCUCCCACAUACCUGGAGCCAGGAAUAGGGCGGCACACACCAUAUGGCAACCAGACAGACUACAGAAUAUUUGAACUCAACAAACGACUACAGAACUGGACAGAGGAGUGUGAUAACUUAUGGUGGGAUGCAUUUACUACAGAAUUCUUUGAAGAUGAUGCCAUGUUGACCAUUACUUUUUGUCUUGAGGAUGGACCCAAACGUUACACAAUCGGUCGGACGUUGAUUCCGAGGUACUUCAGAAGUAUAUUCGAGGGCGGUGCCACCGAGCUCUACUACGUACUGAAACAUCCCAAGGAGUCCUUCCACAAUAACUUUGUUUCCCUCGACUGUGAUCAGUGCACCAUGGUCACUCAGAACGGAAAGCCCAUGUUCACACAGGUGUGUGUAGAAGGUCGCUUGUACCUGGAGUUCAUGUUUGACGACAUGAUGAGGAUAAAGACGUGGCACUUCAGCAUCAGACAACACCGUGAACUCAUCCCCCGCAGUAUACUGGCCAUGCAUGCCCAGGACCCACAGAUGCUGGACCAGCUGUCCAAAAACAUUACAAGAUGUGGCCUGUCCAAUUCCACCCUCAACUACCUCCGACUGUGUGUGAUUCUGGAGCCCAUGCAGGAGCUAAUGUCCAGACACAAGACGUACAGCCUCAGCCCAAGAGACUGCCUCAAGACCUGCCUCUUCCAGAAAUGGCAGAGGAUGGUGGCCCCCCCAGGUAGGCAGACAAAGAACACAUUUAAAGCUGAGCAGAACCAGGUUAACCCACAGAAAAAUAUCUUUAACUCUCUCUCUCUUUAUCCUGUUUCUUCAGCUGAACCAUCAAGACAAGCCCCAAACAAACGGCGGAAGCGUAAGAUGUCAGGAGGCAGCACCAUCAGUGCAGGAGGAGGAACCACUAACAAUAAUAACAACAAAAAGAAGAGCCCUGGCAGUGGCUUCCCACUGUCCAGCCAAGUUCCAGACGUGAUGGUGGUAGGCGAGCCCACACUGAUGGGAGGAGAGUUUGGCGACGAGGACGAGCGUCUGAUCACACGACUGGAGAACACGCAGUUCGACGCCGCCAAUGGCAUCGAUGAUGAGGACAGCUUCAACAACUCCCCCGCGCUGGGCUCCAACUCGCCCUGGAACAACAAGGCCCCCUCCAACCAGGAGAGCAAAAGCGACAACCCCACCUCACAGGCAUCGCAGUAGAGCCCAGAGCCCCGCAAACCUCAACAUAAACAUCCCCUCCUCUCUCUGUCACUCCAAACACCCCACUCCCACCCAACAGCCAUGAGUGCAACAGCGACAACCCACCAGGAACACCCAGACAUCACUGUCAAGCUCAGAUUCAUCACAUUAAUGCUCAGUGGGUCUAAGACUUUGUCACUGAGCUGGAAGAAGUCUCACAGGUUUUCAUCUUCGCUGUGACUUCUUUUGUCCCACAUGCCUCCUUUUCCCUCAUCUCACACUCAGUAUGCCCCUUUUGCUCUUGCUAAUUUCCACUUUGGAUGCUGAUCUGGGGAGAUGUGAAUUUGUAGGGAUGUAACCCAAGGGAAAAGAACUGUGCUCACUUAACAAUCCAUACUGAAGUCUGUGUGUAGGUCAUUGGAGGGGUUGGGGGGGGGGUCUAGGGCGUGUUGGCAGCAGGAGGCGGCGUCAAGAUGGUGGCGAGUUGCUUAGGGACCACUUGUCCACCAGUCCUCUAAACAUGGCUUUCACUUCUGGUCCGCUCUGUUUGAUGGAAAAGUCACUGGUAAUGUUUGUUAUUAGAGUAUAUGUGUGAGUGUGGGGGGGUGUGUGUGUGUGAGAGAAAUGUGUGAAGUGUGUGAGGAGAUAAGAGGGAGUCUGAACUUAUUUGUGGCUUUGCUGAAGCAGACAGACCAGAAUUUAGAGUCGGUCUAUAAAACCAUUGAACCCACACACGAGUAGGAGAGCUGAGAUGUGGCACUAGGAAAACUUAACACAUACACAUGAACACACACAUUAAACAUUAAAGUUUGAUGGCUUUGAGUCGCCUAGUGCCCAAGCAGACUCUGAUUUGACCACAGAAGGUCUUUCAAACAGAGAGCAUUUAAAACACACACACACAUUAACACACACAUUGACACACACAAUAACACAUUUUAAGAGUUUUUAUACAGUAUAUAUUUCCCUAGAAUGUUUUUUAAUUUGUAUUAAACGCCUUCAUUUCAAUUGUUACUUUUUUAUUUUCUACCAAUACUGAAAAGCUACAGACCAAGGAGCAACACAGGACUUUUAUCCCUCCCCCCUCUAAAAUAUAUUGUUUUUAUCUUUUAUGUUUAUAAAAGAGAAAUAAUUUAGUGUGGAUGUUUUUAUUUUGUCUUUUUGUUCCUUUUUUUUCUUUUGGAGAUUUAAAAUUUUUGUGUAUUUGUGCUUGUAUAUUUAAGGUAGUAGCAAAGUUCUGUCUGACUGUAAUAAAAUGUAUUCUUACUUAGAUUUACCUAAAGCCAUCCCGAUCUAAUGUAAAGAAACAAAAAUAGGAAAAAGGAGAAAAAACACUCAUGAACCUGUCCCCUCUAUCUCUCCCCCUGCUCUUUCCUCUUCCCUCUUUUUUAAAACUUGUGUAAAUUAAAUUACAAAACCCCUGAGGGUACAAUGACACCAUGAAGAAAUGAUUCAGUUAAUUUUUUAAUUUAUUUUUGAAAAUUUAGAUUUUAACUCAUGUAUUUCAUCUAUACAGGAAGUGAAUUUUCACUUUACAUUCAUCACAAUUUAUGUACUGCAACUCUAAACUUGAUGUCAAGUGAAUGUGUUCACUGAAUUUUAUGUUUCAUCACUGGCUUAAACAGAGACUUUUUCUUUGUGUAGUGUCUUUCAUGAUGAACAGAAUGAUUAACCAUCUGAACAGGUUUUAAAGCCAGCUCACUAUGAAGUUCAGACUGCAGAUCUGGUAGCAAUGCUGUGUCCGUGAAGUCUGACGAAUGCAGCUGCAACUCUGUUUUAUAUUUUGUACAUUUCCAUUUCUUUACAGUUGACUCCAGCAACAGUUCUGAUUGUGUUUGAAUGGUGACUUGUACCUCUCCAAUCCCUGUAGAAUAAUCAUCGUUUGAUAUAUAUUUUUUGAUUUGGUUAGUUUCUGCCCUUGAUAAUUAAUGUAUGGUACCAAUAAAAAGAUACAUUUUCACUUUAAAA